AGCGCGCACGCGCCCUCCGUGCCCUCCCCAACGCCCGCCCGAGCGCGGCGGAUUCAAAUCGGGGCUCCACCCGAGCUGCGCUAGCCGCGUCCGAGCGUCCUCCAGCCCCGGCCGAGCGUCCUCCUCCCCCUCCUGAGGGAGUGGGACCGGGACGAAGGCCGGAAAGCACUAGUGCUGGGCCUAGUGAAACCCGAGGAGAAACGGGCGCUGCCGCCGGGCGCACGGGUGAGCUCGAUCCCCUCAGGCUAUCCCAAUCCCUCUCGGAGGGUCCCGGUUCCGCCCAGUGUGAUGAUGAAGGAUAUGGCAUCCUCAAGCCUGGAAGAUUUGUGCUUCCACAUCAAUAUGAAGAUUUCAAAUGUUAAAAAGUGUCUCCUAUUGAGAAACCUAGGUAAGGAUGAUUCCCGCAAGACUGUGCUCCGUAAAAUACGGAAUGAUGUGAUCCUUGUACAUGAUCUCCUGAAUAAAAUGGAAAACGAAGUUAAACAGCAAGAAAAACUGAGAAAUUUGCUCAAAGAGAUGCAGAAGGCUGCUGAGAGAGACCAGAAGGAAGCACAGCACCUCCUUGAACACAUUCCAUGCUAUCUGCCCAAACCAGCCCAGAGCCGCAACAUCAUGCCAAGUGUGAAAGGACAAACAAAGGCUGUAGAAUGCAAAAGUGAGAAGAAACCUGAAAAAGAGAAAAAAACCAUUAAAGAAGCAGCAUUAAUAACCACAGAGGAGUUUGAAAGUGUCCCUGCGUAUAUGAAAGGCCGUAUAAAAUAUGAUCAGAUUAAUGCAGUUGUUCAAGAGCUGAACAAGGCCGUGGUGGGCAAAUACAAGAUCUUGUAUCAGCCUUUGAAGUCUAUGAGUGCACCAGUCAGAAACCUCUACCACAGGUUCAUUGAAGAAGAAACUAAGGAUACAAAAGGAGCAUUUUUUAUUGUGGAAGAUGAUAUCAAGGCAUUCACUCAGCUGAAAUUGGAUAAGAGGUUCCACAGCAUCCUCAGCAUCCUGAGGCACUGCCAGAGAGUGAGAGAGAUUCGUGGCUCGGGGCUCAUCCGCUACGUCAUCUGCUAACAGCUCCCCUGCCUGACCUCACACCCUGCCCUGCUCUCCAGACAGCAGCACGGAGGGACAGGCAGGGGUUUUCAGGCAUCUACCCUAAAUUAGGAGUUGCAUUUAAGGAUUUGAGUUUUGCUUUUUGUUGAGGGAAACUACAAACCCAAACCAGAAAGUCAGCUGGGCACAUUUUUUGUUUAGUAUAGUUUGAAUAUUAUAUAUAUAAAUCAUAAAAUAAUAAAUCAGUAAAGCAAAAAAAGUAAAGUUCUCUGCAUGUUAACCUGUGAUGGUUAAGCUAAGAAUAGAAAAAGAAGAAUGAUAACAAAGACUUGUGACUGACCGAGACAGUCUGGACAGCUGGACUGUGAUUGGCCUUUAAUUAGAAACACACAUGAGACCAAUCACAGAUCCACCUGCUGCAUUCCACAGCAGGUAAUCAUUGUUUGCAUUUUGAUCCUGAGGCCUCAGCUUCUCAGGAGAAAAAAUCCAAAGGAAAGGAUUUUGCAGAAAAUAUCAUGGCUACAUUUCACCCUUUUUAUUUUAAUUAAAAUUUUAUUUAAAAACA